CUCUCAAGCCAACAAGCAUAUGUUUCUUUUGUUUCUUUAGGAAAGUUGUUGUCAUGGAGAAUAGAAUUCUAAUCUCCAUAAUUGUUAUUCUACGUCAUUUAUAAAUUUCUCUCAUAAAAUAAACAUUAUCGGAUGAUGCUUUCACAUUUUGUUUAUAUGAUGAAAUGAAAAAGUUUGUUUGAAUGUUAAGUGAAAAUAAAAAAUCUGUGACUAAAAUUAUUUUUUACAAAUUUAGUGAAAUAAUAUUAUUUUAAAUAAAGAACUGAGUGUAAAAUGUUGAGCCACGCAGUUGUAGAAGCUCUCUAUUAUGCGAAUUAUGUUAACAACUACCUCGACUGUAUUGAAAAUUUUCCAAACGACGUUCAACGAUUUGUUUCACGGCUACGAGAAUUGGAUUCAACAUGUCAAAUGUAUUUGCGAGAAGUAGAUCAACAACAAGACCUCUUGACAAAAAAUGAUACGGAUGUUGUAAGCAGAAGAAGAGCUCUUACACGAGUCCAACAGGCUCUUAUUGCUGCUCAAGAAAUUGGUGAUGAAAAACUGCAAAUCGUUCAACAAAUUCAAGAUCUCAUAGAGGUUAAGUCCCGCCAACUCGAUCAAGAUUUUCGCGAUGUGGAUUUCAGUAAAGAGCAAGAAACAAAUGAACCGAAAUGUGAAACUAACACUAAUACAAAUCCAAGUACACCUAGUAAUUCAAAUAACGUUGAACGUCAGCCGAAACGAGCUCGUAGAACUAGAACUGAAGCCUUAGUUGAAUCUGCACACGCUAUGGAUAUGAUUGCAAUAUCUGAAAGUCGAUCAGCAACUCUAGCGAGUACAAGUAACGGUAAUCAAAAGAAAACAGCAGCUACAGCAGCUGGUAAAAAGAAAAAACGAAAAUCUCGUCAAGGCAAUCAACAGAAUCAACAACGAGAAGAUACUCCACCACCUCCAGAUGAUGACAUAGCCAUUGAUCCUGAUGAACCAACUUAUUGCCUAUGUGAUCAAAUAUCUUACGGUGAAAUGAUUCUCUGUGACAAUGACUUAUGUCCAAUUGAAUGGUUCCAUUUCUCUUGUGUAUCGUUAAGUACUAAACCUAAAGGCAAAUGGUUUUGUCCAAAGUGUCGGGGUGAUCGGCCAAAUGUAAUGAAACCCAAAGCUCAAUUUCUAAAAGAGCUAGAGCGAUACAACAAGGAAAAAGAAGAAAAAUCGUAGCAUAAUUUAAACAAGCAACAAUUUUAAUAAAUUUUAAAAUACAUUUAUCAAUAUAUAUAAACGUUACUAUCAUACUGAAUUUAUGAUUCCGAUAAAUAAAAUAUUAAAAAUAUUUUUAAUAUAUUUUGGAGCAUUCGAUUAAA